AUGCACACCUCUACCUUUUUGGCAGCCAUUUUGGCAGCCGCCUCGGCCGUCGAGGCGGCCCAAGGAUCUUUCCGGGUCCCGGAUAUCAUAACCCCGGAUUGGAUACUCCACCAAGCUCGCAACAAUAGUCUCUUCACCAGAUGGAGACCGCGUUCUCACUUUCUCGCCCCGGCCGGUUGGAUGAAUGAUCCAUCCGGUGCCUUUUACGAUCCUGCCACCGAUUUGUAUCAUUUGCAAUACCAAUGGCAUCCCAAUCACGCUAAUUGGGGCAAUGUUUCAUGGGGCCAUGCCGUCUCCAAAGAUUUAUUCCAUUGGAAGGAUAUUAGAGACUGGCGGGACGAUUCGUCGGCAUCUUUACCUUCUGGGCGGUUCGAAAACGGGCCACUUUCGUUCUUUUCCGGAUCUUCGUAUCCUGUCAAUCUCAACGGCAAACAGGACGGCACCUUGUUGACCUUUGUGACAAGGCUGAGUGACCUGCCUACAAGUUGGUUAAAGCCGUAUAAAAAAAAUAUGGAAGUCCAAUCAAUGUUUAGGAGCAAGGAUGCCGGUCAAACCUGGCAAGAACUUGGCCCCAUUAUCGAAAGUCCACCAAAGGGCUGGAACGUCACUGGGUUUCGCGACCCGUAUGUGUUUCCCAACCCAGCCCUUGAUGCCAUCCGUGGCGUGGGCCCUCAUUACUAUAUCACCUUGGGUUCGGGCAUCAAAGGGCCAAACGUCCCGGCCACAUUUCACGGCGCAGCCCGUCCAGGAUUUCUCGGUCCUCGCAUGCCGCUCUAUGCUGCUCCGGCUUCGGACUUGAGGAAGUGGACUUUCCUCGGCUCGCUGUGGGAGUCCAAGCCCAACGCGAGUCUCGGCCACCCCGACAUAACCGGUGCGUACGGAUACAACUUUGAGACCAGCGGGGUGUUUAGCCUACCCAUCGACAAGAAUGCCGGCAACAGCCUCCGCAACACCGCGUGGUUUGCCCUCAUGGGAACCGAGGGCGGCAACACCACACUGCACCCGCAUGAGCAUUGGGCCGUGUGGUCCCGUGGUCACAUGGCGCCGACCCGUGGCGGCGGUGUCAAGAUGACGCCCACGUCCAGCGGUGCGGCGGACUGGGGCAUCACGUAUGCCCACACCUCGUUUGAGGAUGCGCGCAGGGGCAACGGCAAUAGGAGGGUCAUGUGGGGCUGGGCCAACGAGGAUGUCAACGAGGCGCCGCGUCCUGGAGGAACAUGGAUGUACCACGUCCUCAAGGCCUUUGGCUACGCGGGCGCCAUGAACCUGCCCAUUGAGCUCUUCGUCAAGACCACUCAUGGGCUGCAGAGGCACACCUACGUUGACGGAAACGAAUGGAUCCCCGACACGAGGAGUGGAUAUACUGCCCAGACCUUGGGCAUGCGGCCUCUGCCUGACGUUAUGAAGCUGCUCACAGCGGGGGCGACGCAAGAGACCUUCAACGUGGGGACUCUGCAGGCCGGCCACGCACCCAAAAAGAUCUCCAACCACGUGGGUGACUCCUGGGUCAUGACCGUCACGCUUGGCGCCACCCAGGGCCCCGCCGGAAUCAUCAUCGCACAAAGCCCCAACAACGCCGAGUACACAAAGAUCAUCUACGACCCUCACGCCAAGAAGAUCGUGGUGCGGCGGGAGCACAGCACCCUGUUGAAGGGCGUGUUCAACACCCACACGCUGACGGGCCAUUUUGCCCCCUACAAGUACGCCCACGGUGCCGUGGAGGACAUUAAGUUCACCAUCGUGUUUGACAAGUCGCUGCUGGAAAUAUUCGUCAACGACCGGUUCGCCCUCACCACGCGGCUCUACCCCGUUCGCCGCGACAGCACCGGGAUAAGUUUCUUUGCCGGAGAAGCAGGCGCGAAUGGCCGGGGCGGCAGGGCAAGCGCCGCGCCCUGGAAGCAGGCGGUCAUCUGGAAGGGGUUGAACAAGGCUUGGCCCGGUCGACCCGAGGAUUCGAGCUCGAGGCUGAUCUGGGACCCGCCCUCGGUCACCAACGGUGGCCUUUACUGGGAGGGAUGGUAA